UCCAUAACAUCAAAAUAAAGCAAUGAAAGCUGAACAUUUACUCUAUAUACAAUAGAGAACAACAAGAAGAGGUCAUAGAAACAGCCUUCAUUUCACCUUCCUUUCUCCACCUUUAAUAGGAUUCCCUUUAAGGGUCUUUUCUCUUCCAUUGGAUUUUUUUGACAGAUUCCCCGGCUAGACACCCAUUUCAAUCCAUCUGAUUUUUCGUUGAUUCUGCUAUUUUUAUGUGAUUUUCCUGGGUCUGAAAGACACCUUUUUUUUUUUUUUAAAGUUCUAUAUGGGUUUUUGGUUUCUUCUGCAAACUCUACUUGGGUUUUAGCAGAAAGGCUUCCAGACCCAGUAAUUUUCGCUUAAGGGGGUUGAAGAGAAUUAGCGUUUUUUUUUUCCCCAUUUUUUUGGCAAGAAAAUCAGUGUUUUUUUCCUCCAUUUUUUUUGUUUUUUUGAAUCUUUGUUUGGAGAUAAGGUGGGGAGAGAGGCAUGGUUAAGCAAGGGCCUUGCUACCACUGUGGCGUUACAAGCACCCCUCUUUGGCGCAAUGGACCACCAGAGAAGCCGGUACUGUGCAAUGCAUGUGGUUCUCGAUGGAGAACGAAGGGAACACUUGCAAACUACACCCCAUUACAUGCCCGAAUAGAAACUGAUGAUCUUGAAGAGUACAGAGUUCCAAAAGUGAAAAGCAUAUCCAUUAAGGCUAAAGAUGUGAGAUUAGAAAAAAGAAAACAGAUUCAUGAUAAUGUGGUAGUGCAAGGCAAAGCUCCAGAAUGUGACCAGAACUUUCUGAAGGUUCUGGAGGAUGAUGUGAGUAGAUCAAGUUCAGGAUCAGCGAUAUCAUACUCUGAAAGCUGUGCCCAGUUUGAUGGUACAGAUGCAAUUGAAUUAACAGGACCAGCCCAAUCACCUGUGUGGGAUUCACUGGUGCCAUCAAGAAAGAGGACUUGCGUGAGUCGCCCCAAGCCAUCUCCUGUUGAAAAACUUACAAAAGACCUAUGCUCUAUUUUACAUGAGCAGCAGGCUUCAUCUAACUUCUCUGGAUCUUCGGAAGAGGACUUAAUUUUCGAAAGUGACACCCCAAUGGUCUCUGUAGAGAUAGGACAUGGAGGUGUUCUCAUCAAGCACCCAGGUUUGGCAGCUCGAGAGGAGGAAUCUGAGGCCAGCUCUCUUUCAGUAGAUAACAAACCGAACCCAAUAAGUGAUGCUUAUUCAGGUUCUGCGUCUCUUCCUGUACAUAAUGAUGAUAGAGGCACAAUUUUUCUAAGCAUCAGCAAUGAGAAAACAAAGAAGUCCACUGGACAAGGGAUACAACUAGAGCAUACCAAAAGGGACAAAUCUCUCUUUGAGAGAUUACAACUUCUACAAAAUCGCAACUCACCCCUCAAAUCCUUAGAUCUAAAAGAAGUUGUUAGCUUUGAAGAGUUUAUGGGUCAUUUGACUCGUGAAGAACAACAGCGAUUGAUGAAGUAUCUACCUUCUGCGGAUACUGCCGGACUUCCUGAUAGCCUCAUAAGCAUGUUUGAUAGCUCUCAAUUCAAGGAGAAUGUAUCUUCCUUCCAGCAAUUGCUUGCAGAGGGGGUCUUUGAUCUCUCCUUUUCAGGAGUGAACACUGAAGACUGUAAAACUCUAAAGAGGCUUGUGUUAGUCAAUUUGGCAAAGUCGAAAUGGGUAGAACAGUGUAAUCUGCUCAAGGAUGUUAAAGGUAAAAAGGUUAUGGAAGAUAAGGGAGAGAGAAACGGAAUCAGUCUCCCUGGGUCAAAAGAUUUUUUACCUGGCAAAGGACCACGAGAUGGCCAAAAUCAUGACUUUCCAGAACCAAAAGCCACUAUGAAAAGCCCCAGUAGAGGGGUAACAAAGGUUGGCUAUGAUACAAAGGACCCAAUCAACAAUGAUGGCUAUUGCUUCAGCCCAAGAAGCUUAUUUACUUUCCCUAAUGAUGGGAACUCUCUCAUGCUGGAUUCUUUUCAGUUCACUGAUGACAGUUCUGAUCAAGAUCUACUAUUGGACAUUCCAUCCAAUGGUGCUUUCCUUCAGGCAGAGCUUCUACCCACAUCAAGUUUCAGCACUCAAAAGGCAAGCACUUGCAGUGUUGUACACCCAAAUGUUAUCCAUCCAUGACAUUGCAUACUCAUAUCCUACUUUUGGAAUAACAAGAGCAUAUAUAGAUACACUUCUACUGGACCUGGAGAGAGCAUCCAUGGUUAGUGCUUUGUGCAUGCUAUAAUGGAGGAGUAUAUGUAAAUGCAGUUUCAGGGUUGUUUUUUUCUUACCUCCCACACACACCCCUUUCCCCCACAUUCCUAGAUAUCAGUAUCCUGAUCUGUUGAUACUUUUGGAAUGUUAAGUGAUAGAGGUGUGUGGGUCUUUCUCUUUUUCUUUUUCUUUUUUUUCUUUUUUUCUUUUCUUUCUUCUUGUUUUUUGUAUAGGCUGACAGAAGUUUGUAAUAUUGCUCAGCAUUGGAAUGGAAGUUUUGUGUAGAGCUUGAGGAGUUGAGUUCAACGUGUACUUAUUUUAGUAAUUACCUUGCAAAUAAAAUUUGAGAUAGGAUUUAAUAGCUUGUU